CGACCAGAUGAGUGGUUGCUUAACACAUUUUUGACGUGCUUAAAAAACAGAAGAAAGUUAGUCGCCAACACUGGCCGGGUCUGGAUCCCUAACAAGGGAUUCCGAGCGUGGGAAUCCGAUUGACAUUACACAGAAGGACUUGUGCGAGCUUUUUCUUUCCAAAACAAAAUGUUCAGAAAGUUUUCUCUUAUCGUCCUGUUACACUUUAUUCCGCUGUAUCUGAUUGUGCCGGGGUCCCGUGCCCAGAGAUCGAGUGGACCACGGUUUCUAAUAGGAGACCGCGACCAAGACUUGGAGUGCAAUGUCCAUUGUACUGGCUCUCAGCUGAAGCCCCUCUGUGUGUCGGAUGGUCGGACAUAUGAAUCGAGAUGUGAUUACCUGAGGGCCAAGUGUAGGGACUCAACACUGGAGAUCACGCAUCGAGGCAGAUGUAAAGAAUCCGGUCCAACCAAAUGUCGGACAGAAAGGGCGCAGCAAGCACAGGAACAGGCCAAAAAACCGCAGGAACCAGUUUUCAUUCCCGAAUGUAAUGAAGAUGGCUCAUUCGCUCAGGUGCAGUGCCACACAUUCACAGGAUACUGUUGGUGUGUUACUCCAGAUGGGAAACCCGUGAGUGGAUCUUCGGUUAAAAAUCAAACACCCGUGUGUUCAGGUUCAGUAACCGAUAAACCCUCAGGACCCAGCAGUUCCGGCAGAAAAGUCUGGCUUCACCCAGGAGGAAGCAGAUGCAUCAAAGCCGUUGUAGCCCCGGUUUCUUUUCAAUUCUUUCUAACGCUAAAUUCAGAAGACGUAUCGAAGCCGACCCCAACCGCUGAAACCCAGCCAGUGUUUGACGGAGACGAAAUUACAGCACCGACCCUUUGGAUAAAGCAGCUGGUUAGUAAAGACUCCAAACAAAACGGCUCGAGCAUGAGGAAUCUAGAAAAGCCUUCCUGCGACCAAGAGAGGCAGACCGCUCUGGAGGAAAGCCGGCAGUAUCCCCGAGAUGGCAUCUUCAUUCCUGAGUGCGCUGGGGGGGGCCUCUACAAACCCGUGCAAUGCCAUCAGUCGACUGGGUACUGCUGGUGCGUCCUGGUGGACAUUGGCCGCCCCAUUCCUGGAACGUCCGCCCGUUACCAAAACCCGGACUGUGACAGCAAUGCCAGAUCUAAGCUCCUGGAGGGAGAUGACCCAUUCAAGGACAAAGAGCUGCAAGGUUGCCCCGGGGCAAAAAAGUUGGAGUUCAUCACCAGUGUUUUGGAUGCUCUCACCACGGACAUGGUGCAAGCUAUUAACUCACCAGCGCCUGCAGCGGGAGGAAGGUUUCCUGAGCCCGAUCCAAACCACACACUGGAGGAACGCGUCGUACACUGGUACUUUGGUCAACUGGAUAAGAACGGCAGCAACAACAUCCACAAGAAGGAAAUGAAGCCAUUCAAACGCUUCUUGAGGAAGAAAGCCAAGCCAAAGAAAUGUGGGCGGAAAUUCACCGAUUACUGUGACUUGAACGAAGAUAAAACCAUUUCAUUGCACGAGCUGAAAGGAUGCUUAGGAGUGAAAGAAGGAGGAUGACCAGAACUGGACGCAGUCCUUCUUCCAAGUGGUGCCACAGUAUCUUUUGCCAUCCAGCUGAGAGGGCAGCUCGUGUUUCGACAUAAUGUCCUCCGCUCCAAAAGACAACAUGUCUGACAGGCUUCCGAAAGAAAUCAACAAAGUGUUAUCCUGAAUUAAUCUGGUCAUCUGCUCCACAUUAUUUCCCCCACUUUCCGUGCUCCUAUGGUCCUUGGCUCUUCACGUGGAAUUCCUAAUCCAGGAUCAGAUUUAUGCUCCUAUUCUUCUAUCUGACCAUUCUAUUGUUUUGUCACCCACAUAAUGUGCCGAGUGAAACAAAAUAAUCAAAUCCUAAAUGUUGACAGCUGGUUCUGGAUGGAAGUGUUGAAAAUAAAGGCCCAGUCUUUGAGAAAGCCAGGAACAGGAUGAAUAAAACACUUCACAUGUUGUUGUGUUACCUACAGCUGCAACAAGGUUCAGUAAGAGAUUGCACAUCAUCUAAAGUGCAAAAAUAUUUUCUUUCAGCAAUACGUACAGUUUGGCUGUUGCAAAGGUAUUACUAAGCUGCGGAUCUUACCGGGCCCUUGUAGGUUUCAUAAACAAUUGCACGAAAUAAAAUUGAGCAGGAACUGGGUGGUUGGCACAUUUGGUCCUUCCUUUUUCUCAGAGUGAACAGAACCUCUGAUAGUUCUGUUUUUUUUCUUGUUUUUUUUAUUUUUUAUUAUUUUCU